AUGAACUCCAACAACAAACCGUCACAUAGCGAGGCACUCAGCCCAAUCGAUACGCUGUCGGCGACCGAUGAAUCGGACAGCCCUUCGCUCAGUCUCAACCUGACUCUGACGUCUCCGGUGUACGACCCCUUACCACCGAUUCCUCCAUUCUCCAGAUCUCCUGUGGUAGAACCAAAACAAUACCAGAGAUCGUCUGAUGAGACCAACCGCCACAGAUAUGGACUGUCAGACGAAACUGUCCGUCCUGCGACAAGUGACGCGAUCGACCCAAACAACGCUGUUCCCGUCUCCCAUGCGAAAUCAUCGAUCACAGGAUCAGACUACGCGUCUAGGCCAUCUCCAGUACUGCCUUCCAUCCGUCUCGACGGUAGAGAGAGAAAGGUGCUCGAUCCACCUGUUAAGCUCGGAGACAAUGCAUCCUCUCCGAGCCUUCGGAAUUACAGCUUUUCCACUCAAAUCUCGGACAAGUCUGCGCAUGAUGAACCGGUUUCGGUAAAAGGACACACGGGGAAAAAGAGCAGGCUGAAUCUUCUGAAUCCAAUGAGCCUGUUGGCCCGUCGCAGGUCUUCUCAGAAUCAGAAGCUCGAAGAUGUCAAUCUCACAUUGUCUGUGCCAGCCUUGCCGGAUAAUUUCGACCCAAGGAUUCGAGGAAAAGUCGUACACGACUUUUCUGUUCCACGAUCGCGAAGGCUCUAUUCUCACAAUGACAUUGGCACUGUAGAAUCUCCAGCCUUGCGCUCUGGGUACAGCCUAGACACUAGCCGAAGCAAUGAUUCACCUAAUUCCCGAUUGGCGCCGAUUGGAACACCAAGCAUUCCACACAGUCCGAUGUUCAAGGAACACUUUCAAGACGACCGUCCGUCGUUACAACCCGAUCGGACGGGCUAUCUGCACAAUAUCCAUGCAUUCAACUUGGCCAAUGACCGCCAAGACGAGAGUACCGUGCCAGCUUUCGCUAGGCGGCUGCCGUCCGCUGUGCCGCAAGCUGGGCAGGACUCUAAAUCUGGUUCACUCGUAGGAGAAACCAAACUACCACCGCUACCACCAGGGGAAGAGCAUGUACCUUUGCCGCCAAUAGGAGAGCCAUCACCUCCGCCUCCAACACCUCCGCCUAAGAGCACGCCAUCACCAAAGUUUGAUAUUCCACCUCCAGCGGCACUUCCAAAGCACAUGACCAGCACUUCCUCCCGGUUUAGCUUCCAAAUCGGUGGUGGAGGCUCAUCAGCGCAGGAAAAAUUGCUCGAAGAGAAACACAAACAACAGGAAGCAAUCAAAAAGACAACUACUCAAGGCGCCGAUGAAGAGGACGACUAUGCUGACUAUGACUUCGAUGCGGAUGAUGGCUUGGAAGAGAUGAUUCCCGGGGUCAACGCGGACUAUGAGGAAGACGAUGGUUUCGGCAACGACAUUCCGUUAGGAAAUGCGCUUGUAGCUCGUUACGGCCCUUCCGAUACCGAAGAACCUGUGGUAUCGGAUGUCAAGACCACCACUUUACAUAGACACUCGCUGCAAGGCUUCCACUUUACUCCUCAAUCCAUGACAUUCAGCCCAACCAGCACCAAUAAUGCAUCACAGCCAACCCCGAGGGACCAUGAAGGCUUUGCUAUUGGGAUUGCCGACUCAAGAGAGCCUUCCCAGGACGGUGGCCUGGAAUUCCCACAGAAGGAUAGCGUCAUCGACAUUGAAAAGGUUUCGAUGCUCGGAGGGCUUGGCAUUACGACGGCAGAAAUUCAUGGCAGGCGCACGCAACAGACCUCUCGUCCUCACGGAGGGGUUUUUGACGACGAAGACUUGUAUUUUGACGAUGGCGAGUUUGACCAGGUGGAGUUCGAUCCUUCGGGAACAACCUUUGAUGAGCAACUAUUUGAUGACGACACAGGCAAGCUUCGUGAUAUCCCGGCUGAAAAUGCUCGAAAAUUGGCGGCGGCCAAGCAGGCAGCAGGCAUGGACGGAGAAGUGAAGGUCGCCAACCCUUGGGAGCAUGCCGUCGGAAAACUUUCGCUCGACGACAAUGAGCAUCGGACCAGCGCCAAGCAAACCUCAGGAGAAUUUGCUAGUGGUCAUCUAAAGAGCCAAGGGAAUUUCAUGCAAGGUGGUUCCGUCACUGGACUCACUGAAACGAAUCUUGCUGCGUAUCACGACGCGUUGGCGUUUGCAGCUACUCAAGCUGCUGCAAAUGGCAGAUUCGAUCGCAAGGUCAGCUUCAGUCAGAAUUCAGACGACACUUCUCAGUCACCAUUUGAAAGCAGCCAAGUUGGUGUUGUCUCCGAAGACAGCCGUAUCAGCUACAAUUUUUCCUCCGCUAUUGCUGAGGACGAUGGGUUUCCAUUCGACGAUGACAUGGAUGACGACCCCAUGAUUGCGGAGGCCAACGCAGAGGUUCUGGAGAACGACGACGAAGGGUUUUAUGGUCAAGAGUUUGGAUUUUAUGCUCGAUCCUAUAACAAAAACAAUGCAGAGCUUGUCAACGGGGGCUAUUUUGCGGACCGGGGAUCGAAUGGCGUCAAGCGAAGUCACAGUGGGAAAGCCAAUUUCCAAGAACCGAGCUUGACGCCCAUCACCGAACGCAGUGAGUGGAGUACUCGCAACUCGGUGGUGUCACUGGCGAUACCAGGCGGCAUGCCUGCUUCAGCCCAUUCGAUGCCCAGCCCAGGGAUUGCGGAGUUGCUCCAGCAACUUGAGUCUCCUGGAUAUGACGAUGAUAUGAGCUUUAGUGGGCUGAUGAAGCUCCGUGGCAGAACCUUUGGAGGUAGUUCGUCAAGCAUCAGCAGCUCGGCAGCAGGAAACCCUGCCAGUUCACCACUCGCCCACGUUUCUAACCAUCCGUUCCCUCAUUCGGAUCUUAACGUGGGCCGGAUGUCCUCCUCGAUCCAUGGUCGGACGUCACCAGCUGGAAUACCCGAAUCGGAGGAAGAGGACGAUGAUUCUGAGAGACCUACCCUGACGCAAAAUACACCGCGCAAGAAGAUGAGCGAACCGGUGGUGGUAACGUCGCAGGAGGAACUGCCAGCGUCUCCAGUAUCCGCCGGUGGUGAAAGAUGGAAAGGUCACCACAGCCGCACCAGUAGUGGCGCGGAAAGUGUGAGCUAUAAGCGUGAUCUAGACGGCGGGUGGGUUUUGGAAAGGAGAAGGACCGACGAAGGGAGUGGAACCGAAGUUAUUGACCGAGAGUAUCUAGCCGGAGCCCGGAUCUGA